AUGGGUAAACCAACAAAGGAAGUUAAAGAUAAGAAAGGUACCAAGAAGGUUGCUGACUCAAAAUCAAAGGUUUCAAAACCAAAGAAAGAAUCAAAGAAAGAUGCUAAAAAAGCUGAAGCUGCUUUAAAAGAAGCUGAAGCUAAGAGAAUUGCUGAAGAAGAAGCUAAAAAGAAAGAAGAAUCAAGUGAUUCAGACUCAUCAUCAGAUUCAGACUCAUCAUCAGAUUCAGAUUCAUCAUCAGAUUCAGACUCAUCAUCAGACUCAGACUCAUCAGAUUCAGACUCAGAUUCAGAUGAAGAAGUUAAAGACGCUGAAGAACCAAAGAAAGAAGCCAAAAAAGAAGAAUCAAGUGAUUCAGACUCAUCAUCAGAUUCAGACUCAGAUUCAGACUCAUCAGAUGAUGAAGAACCAAAGAAAGAAGCUAAAAAAGAAGAAUCAUCAGAUUCCGAUUCAUCAGAUUCAGACUCAGACUCAGACUCUUCAGAUGAUGAAGAAGAAAAGAAAGAAACCAAAAAAGAAUCAAGUGAUUCAGACUCUUCUGAUUCCGAUUCAUCAUCUUCAUCAGAUUCAGAUUCUUCAGACUCAGACUCAGACUCAUCAGAUGAAGAAGAAGAAAAGAAAGAAGUUGAAGAACCAUCAAAGAAACGUAAAGUUGAAGAGGAAGCUGCUCCAGCUAAAAAACAAAAAGUUGAUGAAGAACCAGCUACUUUAUUCGUUGGUAGAUUAUCAUGGAGUAUUGAUGAUGAAUGGUUAAAACGUGAAUUUGAACCAUUAGGUGGUGUUAUUAGUGCUAGAGUUAUUUUCGAAAGAGCUACUGGUAAAUCAAGAGGUUACGGUUACGUUGAUUUCGAUAGUAAAAGUGCUGCUGAAAAAGCUUUGAAAGAAUAUCAAGGUCGUGAAAUUGAUGGUAGACCAAUCAACUUAGAUAUGUCAACUGGUAAACCACAUGCUUCAAACAACAGAUCAAAUGACAGAGCUUCAAAAUUCGGUGAUACUCCAUCAGCUCCAUCUGAUACUUUAUUCUUAGGUAACUUAUCAUUCAAUGCUAACAGAGAUAACUUAUCAGAAGUCUUCUCUGAAUAUGGUUCAAUUGUUUCAGUUAGAAUCCCAACUCAUCCAGAUACCGAACAACCAAAAGGUUUCGGUUAUGUUCAAUAUGGUUCAGUUGAUGAAGCUAAAGCUGCUCUUGAAGCCUUAAAUGGUGAAUACAUUGAAGGUAGACCAGUUCGUUUAGAUUUCUCAGCUCCAAGAGACAACAGUAACAGAUCAUUUGGUGGUGAUAGAAAAUCAUUCGGUGGUGACAGAAAAUCAUUUGGUGGUAGAGAAAGAAAAUCAUUCACUCCAACUGGUGCUAACAGUUCUUCAGUUUCUGAAUUCAAAGGUACCAAAAAAACUUUUGAUUAA